AUGAGUGAAAAUGAAGAGGCGGGUAGUAGUGAGUCAUGCGGUGGCGAUACGAGAAGUAUGUCCUCCGCUGGGGAUGCAGAUCUCGCCUGGAUUCCUGGAGAAGAUGAACACAUAGGUGGUGAAAUUAGCCAUGAAGAUGGUAGUGAUCAUUCUGACGAUGAAAAGGAAGAAGGAUGUGAAGUGGAGGUGCCACGUUACAUGGCAUCAGCCCUCAGUAGUGUUCUUGCCACUGAUUUAGCAUCUCAUCGUAAUCAUCAUCAUCAUCAAGAAGAUGAAGAAGAGGAAGUGGGGGUGACUGAUAUACCUAUAAAGUCGGUAACGCAACAAUGUGAUGAGGGAGAGCGAAAAAAGGUUUGUUGUAUUUGUGGAGAUGCCGCCUUGUAUACUUGUCCUGGUUGUAAUGCACGGACCUGCAGUAUCACAUGUAUACGUGUGCACAAGCAAGAGUUUAAGUGUACAGGAGAACGUGAUAUUGCCAAAAAGGUACCACUAAGUGAGUUCACGGAUAAACAUUUACAGCGUGAUUAUCACUUUCUAGAGGACGUCCGUCGAGUUGUUAGCAACUGCGACCGUACAUUUCCAAAGAUGUGGCGCUAUACUUUCCGUGCACUUCCACCUCCACUUCAUGCCUUACGAGAGGCGGCGAAGAAACGUGGUGUUGUUUGUCAAAUCACAUCAGAGGGAAUGGCGAAACGUGAUGCUAAUACCUCUCGUUAUGAUCGUAAGACAGAAACAAUCACCUGGCGCUGUCAGUUUAAUUUUCAUAAACCAGACUUUAGUGUGGCGACAGAUUGGGGUAGUGAACGUCACAGACUUGGUGAUAUUCUAGCGUAUUGCUGGGCCACUAAUCCACCAUUACCAUGUUUUCACAUCAACAAACAGUAUAAUCGUGCCUCAAAGUGGAUUGGAACAGAGAAACAUGAUGAUGUGGAACAGGAAAAUACAGAAGAAAAGGCAGAGCAGGAACAGGAAGAAGAGAAAGAAGUUUCAGUUGAGGAAGCUAAGAAAGAAACUUUUGUAAAUAGUGAAGAUACACUGACAUCACCACAAUCCUUGGAACACCGCCACAAUCUUCAUUCCCAAUCACAGGAUCAACACCAAGAGCAUUAUCAACAGGAGCAACAACAAGAACAGCAAGAAGAAGGGACAUGGAUGCCUUCUCAACUCAGUGUUUCUCCUGCCUUCUCUGAUAUUAAGAGCAAGCAAGACGUAGAGUCUUUCUUAGCAAUGGAACCAAUUAUUAUUCUAUCACAAGCUGAACGGUUAGGACUUCAGCGGAAAUACUUUCGUCUUUCACCUUUUAGCACAUUAAAUGAAACCCUUCGUACGCUUUUUUUUAUUAACGAAUUUCCUGUUUUUGAAGUUAUUCACGCCUCUGAUCUAGAGUUAUAUCCCCUUGUUACAGAAGCAGACAAGGAAACCAUUCGUGAAAGUUUCCGUAUGGCUCCUCGUCCACCUAAGCCUGAACGGAAACCACGACGCACAAAAGCUGAUCUCACACCAGAUGAGGUUGAGCGAUAUGCAAAGGUACCGUGUCGUAUGUUUCUUGCUGGUCGCUGCAAGCUUACUGAAGAUAAUUGCCCUUAUUGGCACUGUGAGUACAAGGAUGUGCCGGCGUGUCGUAGUUUUGUUAAAUUUGCGUCUUGUGAAAAGGGUGAUCGAUGCAGUUUCCGUCAUGAUCCUGCUGCCGUUGGUGCUGCUCGUAAACGUGCAAGAGAAGAACGUCAUCAAGCUUCUGGCCCAAGGAACAAGCGCCGCAACGAGUAG